UUCAAUCCUAUUCCUUAGUCUGGACAGUCGGUGAAAACCGGUGGAUAGAAUUUGCCAGAUAUAUGCACAUAAAUUUCCCUCUUCGAGACCUAUCGCGAUCUACCUACAAGGAAAUUCCUGAAUUAAUCAAUUAAUAAAUUCAAUUCAAUUGUUUAAUUAAACCUCUUAUUUUACGAAUUCAGGAAGAGUUCGAUCCUUGCUUUCUCGUCAGUUCUGAAAGGGAAUCCUAGGGUUUAUAUAUUUUUGGACGUACUUCUUUUUGGAGUGAAGGUCUAUUCUUCUGUAGAUCAUGUCCAAUCAUCAAGAAAACAACGAUGAUUACAUGGACAAUGAACAGGAAAUGGAAGAUGUAGAUGAUGACAUGGGUGAUGAGUUUCAUGGUCGAGAUGCUGGUGCCUCAGAUUCCGAUGCAGAUGAGUAUGAUUACAUGAAUGAUAGAAUUCAUGAUACUACAGCCGCUCAAGCUAGGAGAGGCAAAGAUAUUCAAGGGAUUCGAUGGGACAGGCUCAGCAUAACAAGGGAGAAGUAUAGGCAGACUAGAAUAGAACAGUACAAAAAUUAUGAAAACAUUCCUCUAUCGGGAGAAGGAUCAGAGAAGCAAUGCAAAACUACAGAUAAAAGGGGAUUGUAUUACGAAUUCAGACGCAAUUCAAGAUCUGUGAAAUCAACAAUCUUGCAUUUCCAGUUGAGAAAUUUGGUAUGGGCUGCAACAAAGCACGAUGUUUACCUCGUGUCACGUUUCUCAGUUUUGCAUUGGUCGUCCUUGACUUGCACAAAGUCUGAAGUUUUUAAUGCGUCAGGACAUAUAGCACCUUCUGAGAAACAUCCUGGAAGCCUGUUGGAAGGAUUUACACAAACCCAGGUCAGCACACUAGCAGUGAAGAAUAAGCUUCUGGUUGCUGGAGGAUUUCAGGGAGAACUUAUCUGCAAGUUUUUAGAUAGACCCGGAGUGAGUUAUUGCACACGGACUACCUACGAUGACAAUGCCAUCACUAAUGCCGUUGAAAUAUAUACGUCAAGAAGUGGUGCACUUCAUUUUAUAGCAUCAAACAAUGAUUGCGGAGUUCGAGAUUUUGAUAUGGAAAAAUUCCAACAGUCCAAACAUUUUCUUUUUCCUUGGCCAGUAAAUCAUACUUCUCUGAGUCCCGAUUCUAAGCUUCUCAUAAUUGUUGGAGAUCACCCAGAUGGUUUACUGGUGGAUCCCAGGAGUGGGAAGACUGUUGCAUCCUUGCGUGGGCAUUUGGACUUUUCAUUUGCAUCAGCAUGGCACCCUGAUGGCUUGACCCUUGCCACUGGGAACCAGGAUAAAACUUGCCGAAUUUGGGACGUGAGAAACCUAUCCAAGUCGGUCGCUGCGUUGAAAGGCAACCUUGGAGCCAUUCGUUCCAUCCGCUACACAUCUGAUGGUAGAUUCAUGGCAAUGGCAGAGCCUGCAGAUUUUGUCCAUGUUUUUGAUGUUGAAAGUGGGUAUGAGAAGGAGCAGGAAAUUGAUUUCUUUGGUGAGAUUUCUGGCAUGUCAUUUAGUCCAGACACAGAGUCUCUUUUCAUUGGUGUGUGGGAUCGUACGUACAGUAGUCUCCUUGAGUUUGGCCGACGUCGGGAGUACUCGUACCUCGACUCCAUUGUCUAAUUCAGCUGUGUAAUCUGCAAAAUAAGUGUCUGGUCGUGGCUCUUUUUAUGUUAAAAAGUUUAAACUUGUAGUGCAGUCUUCAGCAGAGUGUUUGGAUCUGGAUUCCUUCCAUUGUGCAAUGAAGUAUAAAAAUGUUUUCUUUCAGUUAGGUGAUUGUACAGAAAGCUAGUUGAGUACCGGAUUUUGUGAAUAAUAAAUAGAAGAGCUGCUGAUCUUGACGCAUUGGCCGGCUUGUGAACUAGUUUAGGUUUCCCGUUUUUAUGUAUCUGGGAAUGUUUAUCGUAGUUGUUCGUGACAUUUCGAUUAUGAUUUACAUUAUCACCGUGAGAGAAGAGCAAGUCUUUUUCA